AUGAUUACGCGCCCCAGCGAUGACGACUGGGAGCUCCAUAGAGCUACGCUAGAGAGGCUUUACUCCACCGAAGGGAGGCCCAUGAGGCAGGUGAUAUCCUACAUGAGAGAAUCUCACGGCUGGGACGUCAAAAGAAAUCAAUAUGAGAAGUGGCUAACCACCAGGUGGAGACUUCGAAAACACAACUCUUCACAGGCGUGGAGGGAGCUUUAUCCGCAUGUUCGCGACCUCGAACGCACAGGGAAAAGUGCGGAAGUCUGGAUUGGAGGGAAAAGACAAUCUACUCCGACAAUUGAAAGAGAGCUGAAGCGGCAACUUCUCAGCUGUCGUGACUUAGUUACAGAGCCAGCGCACGAGCUCAAUGGGAAUGUGGUCAUUCGCGAAAGAGUGCCAUUUUCCAACUUGGCUAAGAUGUCAGUUUUGACUCAAGACUUGCCUUUUCAUCAGUUCGAGAGCUACCUGCGCGGCACUCUAUCAAUUGAGAUGCCCAUGUCAGAGAGAGGCACGUCUUACCAAGAUGUCGUGCUUCAACGAGUCAUCAAUGCAGCUUCGUCGCCAGAGUGUAGGAUUGAAGCAUGCCUUCACUCCAUCAUGCCCCAUGAGGGUAGCGAAGUUAACGCCUUCGAUUCCUCGUUGGCGAGACCCCGAACCGAUAUUUCCAGGUCUCCGAUCUUCCGACACAUUUUAUUUUCUAUGGCCAAUAACUUCGCGGGCUUGGAUAAUGUUGGGUUGAGACUGGCCUUCGAAUCAUUGCUGCAAGUAGCAAGUAAGGAGUUGUAUCAAAUCGUACGGUCAACACCUCAAUAUCAUACGACACAAGCUAUUGCCAAGAGCGUCUUCAAAGCUGCCAUUGAGCUUGCGCAUGCUGACAUAGUCGACACACUGCUCAAAGACUGCUCAUUAAACAUCGGUGUCAACCAGAAGCUUUCUUUUCCAUGUGACCCUAGGGGAUGGCGCUGCUCACCUCUGAGGCGGGCCACUGAUUUGAAACAUAAGCAAGUCAUCGAAGUCUUACUUGCCUAUGGAGCAAAGCCUGAAGAGCACAGCGACUUCAGUCAGUGUUCUCUAUGUGAUGAAAUCAUGUUUUCGUAUGAAAGCUGCUCCUAUGCUACGGACGCCGACAGGGAGGUCAAUCGCAUUGUUUCUGGCUGCGGCUACUGCGUGAGAUCUGGUUCUGAAGUCCGUUCCAUGCUUGUUGGCGCCGAUCAUGAAGUCUCACCUGACGAUCUACAUUUUCUAAUGAACGACAGUCAAUCUCAAGAUCUUUUUCGCCAGAUAUUUGAAAAUAGACUGGCAAAAAACCAGCAUGAUUGGCGUGACUCAAGGAUCUUUUCUAGCUUAUUUGGUACGUAUGAUCAGGAUAGCUUACUCUACUUUCUGGAUUUCAUGGUGAAGAACGAAAUAGACUUGAAUGCGACCCCAAAGAUUUCACCAGGUGUUAUUGAAAGUCUUCCAGAAUCACACAAACUCAAGACUCACUACCUCGACGUCAUGAAGGAGAAGGAGAUAGACCUGUGUGUGACCCCGAAAGUCUCACCGGAUUUCAAAGAUCAUCUUUCAAGAUAUGGCGCGUCCUUCUCUCAUCACGAGCGCUGCGAAGAAAGCCUAAUUGAAAAGGCUGCUCGACGUGGGUUUUUCAAUUUGACAAGAUCCUUAUUCGAGGCAGGUGCCUGCAUUACUCCCGAUACCCUGCCAAACGCGAUCUCCAGCGGUGACAAGGUUCUCACUGAUUACCUACUAAAACAUGGUGCUAAUCCACAUGCCGGAAGGAGAAGCAGAGACUCGCCACUGAUUGUAGCGAUACGCCUCCAGCAACCCGAGAUCACCAAGCUCAUCCUAAGCGCGAUAGAUCCAAUAUCAACUUACGGUAGAGAUACCUUUCUCCCAGCAUUAGAGGCUGCUUCUGAAGUCGGGGAUCUCACGCUACUACAUACAAUGAUCGGACAGGUUAAUAAAAAUAUGUCCACUGAUUACGGUCGAGCACUCUCGACUGCGAUUAUUUACGGACAGCAAGCGGCUGCUCUGAUGUUGGUCAACGCAGGCGCCGACGUAGAAGAUGUCACUAGUGACCACUCACCCCUCUGCGGUGCAUUGAAGCUGCAAAAUCAUGCCUUGGUGUGCGCGAUACUCGACGCAGAGCCAAUAGCUCGUUAUACUAAUUCAACCGCACAUGAUGAACCCUACUUUUCUUACAGUGGCAGCCUCGAUGAAACACCGCCGGUUGAACUUGUUGUUCGGUGGGGCAACGUCGAUAUUCUCCAGAAGUGUAUAGUAGCUGGCAUCGAUAUCAAUGACUGUGGCAGGAGAUCAAGAGAGUUCGCCGAAUCCGCAUUAUUCAUUGCUGUGAGAAGCAAAAACCGACUGAUGGCAGAUAUCUUACUACAAAAUGGGUGCUUUAUUGAUAUUCCAACGUCGCGGAAGUCAGGACUGACUGCGUUGAGGGCAGCCGUCGAGUCUCAGGAGCUCCAGAUGAUAGAUUACAUUUUUCAAAACGGCGCAGAUCCCCAUGAUGGAGGCGCGCUUACCAAGGCAGUCGAAUAUAGCUCAAAAAAUAUGGUCAAGCGAAUGACCCAAGAGCAUGCCGCACGAUAUCCAGGGGCCCAUCCAGGGUGGUGCAGAGACGCUAUUUUGAACGCCGUCGACCAGAAUGAUCUUCGGAUCUUCAAAAUCCUUCUCAAGGCAGAUCCUAACCCCCUUUUCAUUCCAAAGAAUGAGGGGUUACAAACAUCAUUUUUGCACCACGCUAUCAUCAAAGCCAACGACGCUGUCUCCGGACCAGCUGAAGGAACAACGUUCAAAUUCCUGGAAUUUUUGCUUCAGAAUCAAGUGGACACAAAGUGUAAUCCCGAAGUUAUGACAUCGUUCCAUACCUCAUACUGGUCUUACACUAAAUCAACGUUUUUCAUGGAUGUUAUUCGUACUGGGAACAGCGCUAUGGUGGAUCUCCUCAUCAGAUAUGGAGCAAAGAUCAAUGGUCCAGUCAAACGCGGGUUCAAUCGUACGCCACUACAGGUAGCGGCAGAAAAUGGCCACGUCGAGCUGAUCAGAAAGCUCCUAGAUCUGGGAGCAGAUGUCAAUAGUCCUGCCGCCCGGGAUGACGGAGCGACCGCACUACAAUUUGCAGCCAUGAAGGGAUACAUAUCAAUUGCAUUUACCUUGCUCCAAGCGGGCGCUCAGGUAGAUGCAUCAGGGGGAUUUAUCGAAGACAUUAUGCAUUUGGGAGCCUGA